CAACUUUGAAAAACUUUUCAGUUGCUAUGUUUUUAUUUUAAUGUAAAAACGUGUAGAAAAAAACUAUUCAAACCAAAAAAGAGUAAAAUCGCCGGUCGAAGUAACUAAUAAUUUAUGGAAAAUAUGUCUGAUAAAAACCUCUGUAGCGACUUUCAAGAAUAUGCAAAUUACCUUAAAGAAAGAACUCAAUUUUUCAAAGAAGAAAAUGCAAGAUUAGAAAUGAUAUUCAAAAGACUGAAAUUAUUAAAUGAUGAAAUGAGGAUACCCACAGAUAUUUCCGAAACAGUGUCAGAAAUAAAAGAAGCUCUUCUAAAUAAACUACCAACUACACAUAGUAUGUCCCAAACAGAGAGGCUGAGAAAACACAACAAUUACCUAUCCAAAUUAAAAAUAUGUAUUAAGAUUUAUGUAAAUAUUAAUGAAAAACUUAUGGAAGAUAUCAAAGUAACAAAGAGAGAACUGGAUAGUUCAAAACAAAAACUAAGUGGUCUCCUUAAUGUGAGCUCAGAACAACUACUGCAAUUAGAAGAAAAAGCCAAAAGAUAUGAAAAUGAGGUAUUAAAAUUUGAGAAAAAAUAUCCAUGGCUAAAAGACCCAAUGUUCAAUUUACCAAAUAUAUCAAAAGAAAUGGAGAAAUUGAGAGAAUUAAAAGAGACAAAAGAGAAAUUAGUAAAAGAACUUAGUGUUUAUCAAGAUCUUAAACCUGAUAUUCAUGAAGCAUCACAACAACUAGCUCAGAUCAAAGAAGAACACAAGAAAGUUAGUUCGAUGUGGUGUUGAGACUGAUAAGUGACAAAAUGUGAUUUUAUUAAUUCUGAGAUAUGCAAUAAGGUUGUAAUGAGAGCCAAUGUAUGAAAGUUUUAAUUUUUGGUCCCCUCUGUGUAAGCCAGUGAUCAAUAGAUUGACCAUGGUAUAUUUAUCUCAUUUUAUAUAGCAUUAACAUUUAUACAUGAGAGUCGGUGAAAAAAUUUUAUGAACUAUUUUAUAUUGACUGAUUUUUUUUAUAAAAACAAUGAAGAUUUACACCAAGAAUGGGUUAGACGAUAGAAAAUGCGUAAGGGAUUGAGAAAAGACAAAAUGAAUAACCUGACCAGGUAAAUACUAGCAUAGGACUACCUUUAAGCUUUUUAAACACAAAAAUAAGCCAACAGUAAUACAAACUAGGUAGUAUUUAUAAUGGGAAAGAAAAUUAUUCGUUAUCUCACGGUCUAAUUAUAAUCUUCUAAUAUUUAUUGAAUUUUAUGUUAGAAGGCUAGGAUAUGGUAAAGAUUUCUCAAAUACCAAAAUCUACUGAUUGUUUAUUCUUCGUGGACAAUUAGAGUGUGAGUGAAUAACUAUUAUUGUUCUAAGAGAAGAUAAAACAAAGAUGGUA